UCCAGACAAAAGAAUCACCGUACCCACAAUUCCCGGACCCAAACUAAAAGAUAUUCCCGAGCACUUAUUAUUUCCCCGUAUUUGUUUACCUGUUAUCCUGGAUGCUUGGCAUACAAAUCAAAAUUUACUAGGCAUGUGCCAUCAAAUCUGA